CCUGGAAUAGUGUCUCCUUUCAAACGAGUCUUCCUGAAGGGCGAAAAAGGUCGGGAUAAAAAAGCCCAGGAGAAGGUUACGGAGAGACGGCCUCUGCAUACGGUGGUGGUGUCCCUGCCCGACCGCGUUGAACCAGACGUGCUGCUGAAUGACUACAUCGAGAAAGAAGUGAAGUAUUUAGGUCAGCUCACAUCCAUCCCAGGGUACCUGAAUCCCUCCAGCCGCACGGAAAUCCUGCAUUUGAUCGAUAAUGCAAAGAGAGCACACCAGCUCCCGGGGCAGCUGACCCAGGAACACGAUGCUGUCAUCAGUCUCUCUGCCUACAACAUCAAGCUGGUGUGGAGGGAUGGAGAAGAUCUCAUCCUCAGGGUCCCCAUCCAUGACAUCGCAUCCGUUUCCUACAUCCGAGAUGACUCCUCUCACUUGGUCGUGCUGAAAACAGCUCAGGACCCCGGGAUCUCCCCAAGCCAGAGUCUCUGCGCCGAGAGCUCCAAAGCCCUUACUUCAGGCUCGCUGUCUGAGAGCGGGGUGGUUCCCGUCGAAGCUUGUUGUUUGGUGGUCCUGGCUACGGAGAACAAAGUGACUGCCGAGGAGCUGUGCUCACUUCUCAGCCAAGUCUUCCAGAUUGUUUACACUGAGUCCACGAUAGACUUCUUGGACAGAGCAAUAUUUGAUGGAGCGUCCACGCCGACACGGCACAUGUCCUUACACAGUGAUGACUCUUCUACGAAAGUGGAUGUUAAGGAAUCUUACGAAACGGAAGCAAGCACUUUUUCCUUUCCAGAAACCUUGGAUGCAGGUGACAACUCCCCCUCUUCCUUCUCCACACAACAGUCUCCGCACAUUAAGACAGUCAGCGAGAGCGAGCUGAGCACCACGGCGACAGAGCUGCUCCAGGACUAUAUGAUGACGCUCCGAACAAAACUCUCUUCCCAAGAGAUCCAGCAGUUCGCAAUGCUCCUGCACGAGUAUCGCAACGGGGCUUCGAUCCACGAAUUCUGCAUCAACUUGAAGCAGCUCUACGGGGACAGUAGAAAGUUCCUGCUCUUAGGUCUUCGCCCCUUCAUCCCCGAGAAGGACAGCCAACACUUCGAGAACUUCCUCGAGACCAUCGGGGUGAAGGACGGCCGGGGCAUCAUCACAGACAGUUUCGGGAGGUACAGGCGGACUCUGAGCACCACCUCCAACUCCACCACCAACGGCAACGGCGCUGCCGGCAGCUCGGAUGACCAGUCCGUCCCUUCGGAGGAGGACGAGUGGGACCGAAUGAUCUCGCACAUCAGCAACGACAUCGAAGCCCUGGGGUGCAGCAUGGACCGCGAUUCCUCCUGAGAGUGAGCGGGGGGGGGAGGGCGGCCCCCAGCAGCUCC